AUGAAUUGGGGGUUUGCGCUUGCAGCGCACCCCCAAACCUCAGACCUGCAAUCUUUCAGGCUGCAGAGGCCCUGGUUUCCUCUUGCACGGAAACACUUCUCAGCAAACAGGCCUCUCUUCUCCACUGCGAGCCGAGUCCGGAGUGCGAAGCACAGACACUUUGAGCAGGUGCUGUGGCAGCAAGCCUUCAUCUCAGAACUUGAGAAAGCUGAAGAGGAACUGGCUGCGGAGGAGGAGGGAUCAGAGCAUGAGGAAGCUUUCGAUGACGAAGAGGCCUUGCAGCGGUUGCUGGACAGCAUAGCUCCUUGCUCUGGCGCCUACUCGGUCUCUGUCUCUCAGUCUGCGGAGCGGCAGCGCGUUGAUGGAAGUUCGGAACGGUGGACUGCAGUCAAGGGUCAGCAGCUGGCUUUGAAACCAUGUGAGGAGGACGCCUGCCUUCUCUUGGUGUCAAACUUCCUCUUCACUCCGGAGUCGGACAGGGAGGAGUCUCAAUGUCUUCUGAAACGGGAUGGGCAGUCGAUUUCGUCGACAUUCUCUGGGUACAGCAGGCAGCGAGCCUGGAGUCAUCACGUUUGCCUUCCUUGGCUUGAUCAGCCAGGCAAGCUCGCGGAGUUUGAGUACCAGGUGGUGGCCAAUGCUGGUAGGCAAGGCUGUCACGCGGUUAUCGGGGAAAACAAGGAGCGAAGGCAAUUUCUUGGGCUCACGCUUCCAGCAUGCCAGGUGUCUUGGGUGCAGGAUGACGAAGUUCUGGGUCUCCCACCCGGACCUUGGCGUGACGUAAACGGUCUGCACGAGGUCAUCGCCACGCUGCCUGGAGAGAAGGUGCUUGUUCUUUGCACCAUGCACUAUGUCGCAAACUGGUCCAGCGAGCUGAAUCGAGGCCGCUUUACGAUUGUCCGAGAUGAUGUGGGUCUGGACAGCCUUGCAGACCGUGGGCUCCAAUCUGUACGAUCCCUUGGACCCAGCCGAGCCCGGACGCUGGUCAUGGCCACCAUCGACGAACCUCCUCCAGGCCCUCACCUGUACCGAACCCGCGCAGCGCUGACGACCGGAGACGAGUCCGGUGUAUCUGCGACGCUUCAGAAAGAGCGGCAGUUGGUGUUGGUUCGCUUGCCUGGCCACUUGGUGAUUGGGCCGAUGCGGCCGACAGAGCCCACCGAAAUCACAGAAGGUAGUUGGACCGAGAUUCCUGGGAUGUCGCUAACCUGCAGCCUCAGGAGACCGAGAGACCGCGUGUUGUUGGUGUAUCACAUCGAUUGCAGCCCACUUAGCCACUUCUACGAAGCCCACUUCACCAUCUUCAGGAGGAAGGAAGCUUCAUCUGCACCUGCCCAGAACCUGGGUUUCUCUGAGGACUUCGGAUUGGACAUGGUUUUCUCCGAUUAUGGUGCUUCAAGCGAAUAUCCUGCUGCUCUUUUGGUUGAUACGCCUGGAACGCAGGGUCCGUGGACGUACUAUGUGGCUGCCCGUGUUGCUAACUUGGGAACUAGCAGAGACAACCCUCCCGUUGUCGUCGGCUACUCCGGCUCCAUUUCUGCAGUGUUGUUGACAAGAUAG